AUGAUAAAUACGAGAUCAUGUUCUGGUUUGUGCUCAGGAUUUCCACAUUUUGAGACCCUACAAGUCCAUCCGUAUCUGCUUGCUUCAAUCUGGAUUUGACUUCUUCACCGCAGGUUUAUUGAGAUUUUAGCAACAAACAAGUGGUCUGGAAUAAAUCAGGCAUUUAUCAGAGAGACUUGGCAGGCAGGUUUGGAAAAGACAACUUGCGUCAACAUGAGGAAAUGGAAAGCUUCCUACAUGCAUGCCAUCUGCGCAAGAAGCAGCCUUGUUGGUGCCCUUCAGAGUCCCUAACAAAUGCAAUAAAUGUUGUAGUUAGUCCAGUUUUUCAUUCAGUUUAAACAAUGUGCUCAUGCUCACAUUGUUCUCCAUUUAAAUGACUUUAAGGUUCUCUAAGAACAAAUUAGACCGGUUAGCGUUCACACUGAAAUGCAGGAGUUUCAAAGAAUUCACUGAUUUCAUGACACAAACCAACAUAAAGUUGUGCAAAUUUGUGAAGCUGAAUUAAUGUCUUUCAAGAUUUUUCCUUUACACCCAAGAUCUGGAAAGAGUGAUGUGUAUUUUUGUUAACUACACCUGAAAGGUGAUGCUUUCUAGAAUCACCCUGCACUGAAAUGAGAGCUGUGGGCCUUUUAGGGUUUGUCUCUACCAGCUAGAAACUACAAUUUUUCCUCACUUUUCUAAGAUAAUUUAAACUCAGUUAGAUUUAAGAAUAAAGAGGAUUUUACAGCAAAUUCUCAAUUGGAUUGAACCCAACUAUAAACUGGGUCUCUGAUCUGUUUGCUGUGUUUAUUAGUUUUCCUAGAAUCUCCAUAAGAUAUGUCAUGGUUUGUGAUUGUACCCUAGCAAAAUGUGAAUAGUUUUGCAAUGCAUUGUGAAACCCAUGUUUUCCACUGUAUGUAGCUGAUGUAUGGAGAUCUUUAUGCAAUCCUUGAGGUGUUUGCUCACUGUUAAACUUGACAAUUCAAAUCUCCUGAUGUCCAGCAGUUCAAGUUUCCUGAUCUGUCCUGACCUACCAGAUCAUUUUGGGGAAAUUCUCCUCAAUCAGGUGGAUUUUUCCUGUCAAAGCAUCAAUUUUAAUUCUUUAAAGUUUCAUGUUUUUUUUGUUUUGUUUUGUUUUUGUUUUCCAUUUUAAUAGUCACUAUUAUGCUGAAGAAAACACAUAGCUGAAGUACUGACUCAACUUCCUACAAUGUAAAGAAUUUUGGUGAAAAUCAGCUGAGUCUCUUCAGCACGCAUUUCUUUUUCUCAGUUCAAUUAUCUUGCCUCUCUCCUUUAAUAGCUCCAGAGUAAGGAAUGCAAACACACCUGUCACUGCAAAGGGGCGGUCCUAGGAAAGGUAUGUUGUCACUUGUUUCGACUCAGGCCUCACUCAUUGACAGAGAACCACAGAGAGAGAUAAGGCCUCUGAAGUGAAGCCCUUCAACAUCUGCGGAAAUGGAACUUUGGUGAGGAAAGGAAACAAAAGCAACAUCCAAUCAUGACGUGGCGAAGCCCUCUGGCCCUGGUGAGGGAUGCCCUGGAAGGUCAGAGGGCACGGGAGAGGGAACUCCGCAGCUUGGUGUCCAAUCUGACGUACGAGGGACUGGAGAAGUCGAAGCAACCUAAUCGCUUCUUCCUUUCUAACGCCAUCAAAACCACAAAGUACUCGCUGCUGCUAUUCCUGCCCAUGAACCUUUACGAGCAGUUUCACCGUUUGGCGAACCUCUACUUUGUGGGCAUAGCCAUCCUGAACUUCAUCCCCGUGGUGAACGCGUUCCAGCCUGAGGUGGCCCUGAUCCCCAUCUGUGUCAUCAUGUUGCUGACGGCCCUGAAGGAUGGCUGGGAGGACUUUAGGAGGUACCAGUCGGACAGGAAGGUCAACAACACGCCAUGUUUUAUCUAUAGCAGGAGGGACGAGCAAUAUGUGGAGAGACGCUGGAAGGAUGUGCGAGUGGGAGAUUUUGUGCGGGUAGUUUCCAAUGAGAUCGUCCCAGCAGACAUGCUCCUCCUCUAUUCAUCCGAGCCGAAUGGCGUUUGCCACAUAGAGACGGCCAACCUGGAUGGGGAAACCAACCUGAAGCAGAGGACAGUUGUUUCUGGACUUCGGGCAGCGAAUCUCGGAUUUGAACCGGAGAGCUUCAAUUCGGUUGUGGUGUGUGAAAGGCCCAACAACAAUCUGAAUCAUUUCAAGUGUUUCGUAGAGAAACCUGAUAAAGACAAGGUGGGCGCCAACAUUGAGAGUUUGCUGCUGCGAGGCUGCACAGUGAGAAACACGAAUCACGCUGUUGGCUUUGUGGUGUAUGCAGGCCAUGAAACCAAGUCCAUGCUCAACAGCAGUGGGUCGAGAUACAAGCGUAGCAAACUGGAGCGGAAGCUAAAUGUAGACGUCUUCUUCUGCCUCCUUCUCCUCUUCACCAUGUGCCUCAUCGGAGCCCUUGGUCACUACCUGUGGUUGGAGUCACUGCCAGGUGUGCCCUCUUUCCUGGUUCCUGACAGCAGCGGUCACCUGGAUGUUCCCAGUCUUGAGAGUUUCUACAUGUUCUUCACGAUGAUCAUCCUUCUUCAGAUCCUGAUUCCCAUUUCUCUCUACGUGUCUGUUGAAUUGGUAAAAGUGGGUCAGAUCUUCUUCAUUACUAAUGACAUCGAUCUGUACGAUGAGGAGACGGACAGUCGGGUCCAGUGUAGGGCUCUGAACAUCACGGAGGACCUCGGACAGAUCGAAUACAUCUUCUCAGACAAGACGGGCACCCUCACUGAGAACAAGAUGGUGUUCCGGCGAUGCUCCGUCAUGGGAACUGAGUAUCCGCACAAAGAAAACGCCAUCCGCCUUGAUGUCAUUGAUGAGCCUGAGUCUGAGGAGGAGGUUAUCUUCAACCAGCAUCAACAACUCCCACGAACCAGGUGGUCCUUGGAAGCUGAGGGCAUCAGCCCGGCAGACACACAACUUCAUGGCAGGAGGCGCAAAAGCAAGGUGGCAGCGAAUGCACAGAGCGAUGCGGCGUUCAGCAGUCCACUGGAAACUGAGGUGAUUCCAGACCAGAAGCUGCUUCAGCAGAUUAGCAGAGCAGAGAGCAGCGGCGGCCGCAGAGACGGCAACAGAAAUUUUGAUCCUCACCUGGACUUCUUCCUGGCUCUUGCCAUUUGCAACACUGUUGUUGUUUCAUUGGAAAAUGCUCACAGACAGGGGGAGUGCACGUCUCCACACUCCAGCCAGACGAUUGACCCUUUGGAAACCUUUUCAAAUUUGGUGAAAAAAGCCGGGGCUUUCUUCCAGCGCAACAAGAGGAACCGUACUCGCUCAGAAGAUCCGGUCAUAGACUCUGCAAAAACGGAGAACGAAGCAGACACAAACAGACUCCGGACUUGUUCUCUCCAUCCUCCGUCUCAAAAUGGCAGCACUAUAGUAGAGGCAGAGGAACUGUGCUAUGAGGCGGAGAGCCCCGAUGAGGCCGCCUUGGUGUACGCAGCCAGAGCAUAUGGCUUCAUCCUGCUGGCACGGACCCCUGACAGUGUGACUGUGAGGCUCCCAUCUGGGGAGGACCUGGUGUUUGAGGUGCUGGACACCUUGACCUUUGACUCCAACAGAAAGAGGAUGUCUGUUUUGGUGAGACACCCAGUCACCAAAGACUAUGUGCUGUACACUAAAGGUGCAGACUACUCCAUUAUGGAGCUACUUGGAACACCUUAUGCAGAAAACUUCAGUGGUAUUGAGAAAAGCAUAGCAGCUGACACUCAAUACCACCUUGACUGCUAUGCAAAGGACGGCCUCCGCACACUCUGCAUUGCAAAAAAAGUUGUGAGUGAGAGCACGUAUCAAAGCUGGUUAGGUGAGAGAAAAAGGGCGCAGGCUGCUAUGGAGUGCAGAGAGGAGCUCAUCAUGAGAACCGCCGUGCAGCUGGAGACAAACCUCACCCUACUAGGGGCGACUGGCAUUGAGGACCGUCUGCAGGAGAACGUCCCAGACAGCAUUCUGGCUCUGCGGGAGGCAGGGAUCCAUGUGUGGGUGCUGACAGGUGACAAGCCAGAGACGGCUGUCAACAUCGGCUAUGCCUGCAGGCUACUGGAGGAGGAAGACCUGGUGAUUAACAUGAGCUGCAAAAAUAAGGUUACGUGCACGUCCAUCCUGGACUGCACUCUGGAGGAGGUGAGGAGGUACGGAGACGACCCUCGCAACGUUGGCACCACGCAGAACAUUUCUCUGGUGAUUGAUGGAAACACGCUAGAUAUGGCUAUGUCGCCUGACCUGCAGGAGCGGUUCAUGGAACUGACGAAACACUGCCGCUCGGUUCUCUGCUGCAGAGUAACACCCCUGCAAAAGAGCGCAGUGGUGAGACUGGUCAGGGACAAGCUCAAAGUCAUGACACUGGCCGUGGGUGACGGUGCAAAUGAUGUCAACAUGAUCCAAGCAGCUGACGUUGGCAUUGGGAUAUCCGGUCAGGAGGGCAUGCAGGCAGUCAAUGCUAGCGACUUUGCCAUAUCACGCUUCAAGCACCUGAAAAAGCUUCUUCUCGUCCAUGGACACUGGUGCUACACUCGACUGGCCAACAUGAUCAUUUAUUUCUUCUAUAAGAAUGUGGCCUAUGUGAACUUGCUGUUCUGGUAUCAGUUCUUCUGUGGAUUCACUGCCACAACAAUGAUCGACUACUGGCUGCUGAUCUUCUUCAACCUGUUCUUCACCUCUACUCCACCCAUCAUGUUUGGCAUCUUUGAGAAAGAUGCUUCAGUGGAGGUGCUGCAAGGGGUUCCUGAACUGUACCGGACCGGUCAGGGAAAAGGGGAAUACAACUUUCUCACUUUCUGGAUUUCCAUAUUGGAUGCCUUCUAUCAAAGUCUGGUCUGCUUCUUCAUUCCAUAUUUGGCUUACCAGGAUUCCGACAUUGAUAUUUUCACCUUUGGAAUGCCACUCAACACAGCUGCUUUAUUUACUAUCCUGCUGCAUCUUGCCAUCGAAAUCAAAUCAUGGACAUUGGUCCAUUGGGUUAUCAUGCUGGGCAGUGUGGCGCUGUACUUCAUUGUGGUGCUGGCCUACACCGCCGUCUGUGUUACCUGUAAUCCGCCGUCCAAUCCUUACUGGAUCCUCCAGGGCCAGAUGGCCGACCCCAUGUUCUACCUCAUCGUCACCCUUUGCACCGUGGUGGCUCUGCUGCCCAGGUACACGUUUCAUGUGCUGAAGAACUCUGUCGCCCCCUCCCCACUCCUGCAAGGCAGGCAGCUGGACCGGAUGGACCCUGCUACGAGGGACCAGUGGAUCAAGGAGUGGAGGGGCUUCAGGGGUGGAGCACCGGCCAAACGCUAUGAGCUGCCUGACCCACCCUCUCCUACCCUGGAGACCCCUGUGGACAUCUUCCCCGACUUUCUCCCUGACUCUGAUUUCAUGGGGGAUGAUCUGAGCCUGAACGUCAUCACGGAGAGCCGUCAGAGGGCUGUGCACACGUGAGAAACGGAGGCCACUGGAUGGGAGUUCGAGAAACGCUGCGAUGAUAAUUUAUUCAGGAAACUGUAAAUAUCUUAACUGGCACAUGUGUGACUCUCUGACUGUAGUUAAUUUUGCAAUAAACUGCUUAAUUAAAGCAUGCACAGACCUGUCUUCCUCUUCUCAUCAUAACAAAGCAAUACAUAAGCCUGUUACAAUCCCGGUGGGUUUUCAGGAGGCGGUGCUAACCCAGUUAGUGGCCACC